AUGUCUUCCUACGAAACCCAACCCGCCUUUAUCCAUGUUGGCACAUGGGAUGACCACAGCCGCAAGCAUCCGGCAAUGAAAUGGAUGGAAGACUUCACCAUUGCCUUCAACGCGCGGUCGGGCUGGGACCAAAAGUCAUCCGACUGGUUCUCCUCGGACUUUAGCCUGGUCAAGCCAGAUGGUGUCGAAAUUAAAGGCGGAGAAGAAGCGUUCGAACAAACCAAAGCGUUGUACGCCCCUUUCACCAAAGAGUUCCACGAGCCUUACUUCUUGGUUACAUUGGACAGGAAGGACGGGUAUGAGAUGCUUGGACAAGCAUACUUCUUCGCCAACUGUCCUGGAGAGUCGAGUCAGGGGGAGCAGAAGGUCAAGGAUCUUCAAGGUCGAGAAUGGGACGUCAAGAUCCCCGCGGCGUUUCGUUUCAUCUAUGUCAAGAAAGAUGGUGCUGCUCAUGGAGGGUUCGAGAUGCAGCGUUGCGAGAUUAUGAGUGAUUCGAUGCCGGCCGUUCAGAUCUUGUUGAAGAGAGGGGUCAUGAAAUUGUAG